AUUCUGAUGAAAUGAUUUACAACGAUAUCGCAAAACGAAAAAGAAUUCAGAUUUUUGAUAGAAUACGAAUCACGAGGAACGUACAAGAUGAAAAUGAUUGCCCAGCACCCAUUAGAUUUAUUAAAGAAGUCGCCAAAGUAAUUAAAGAAUCUGGUAAAGAAAAGGUUGACCCCUAUGAUACUACUUAUUUCAAGAAAGGAUUAGAAAGUUAUUGUGAUCAACCAUUCAAUUGUGAUCCUCGGACAGCUGAAAAAUAUUGGACAAAAAUUGAACAUGUUUGUGCUAAAGAAUUGAGUUAUAAAGUAGAUUGGAGCGUUGAUCCUAAUCCGAACCCUGUUCUUUCCUUAGAUUCCAAAUACAUUUUCAAGAGUGAUGGUACUAAAAUACCCAUUCCUAAGAAACUUCACUGUGAUGAAAAAUGUUACGAGACAAUUGCUAAAAUGUACAAAUCUUGGAUCAAACAUUACAAAUUAAGUCCCAAAGUAGCCGAAAAUCUUUUCGGUUCUGAGGAUGGAUUUAUUGAAUAUCUUAGUUGUAAAGCUGAUGAUAAACGAGAUGUUAUCAGACGAACAUCAG